CAACUGAUGCAACACUUUUAACUGAAAUAGAAAAAGCCUUUAAUGAUAGCACAACGGCAGCCAAGGUAGUAAAUAGUGCUAAAACGGAAGAUGGUGGUGCUCAUUUAUUUAUUUAUAAGUCCGGCUUAAUCCAAAAAGUAACUG